CUUAAAACUGAACUGUGCUUGACAGUGACUGCAAUUAUUCAUCAAGGCUGCAUCAGCCUGCAUGCUGUUAUUUUGUAUAUUGUUGAAUGUAGCACUGUGAAUGGUAUGGUUUUAUAUAAUAGGAUCUAAUAGGACAUAAGUUUGUAUAAUGCUAUAUGACAUAUAUUUCAUUCACAGCACUGGGACUACGCAACAUUAUGUCACAGAUUAGGCUGAUAACAUUUGAUGCAACCAAUACCCUAUUUAAAGUUCAUGGUGGUGUUGGAAAGGUGUAUGCUGAAACAGCAAUCAAAUAUGGGGUAGGAGCAAACCCUCAAGAAGUUGAUAAAAAUUUCAAAAAAGCUUUUAAGCAACAUACCAUUAAGUUUCCAAAUUUUGGUCAGUCGUUUGGCAUGUCAUCCCAACAAUGGUGGGAUAGAGUUGUCUACUGUUCAUUCAAUGGUGAAGUGGAAUCUGGUAUUCUUAGAAAGAUUUCUUCAGAAUUAUACAUUAACUUUUCCAAGAGAUCACACUGGGAAUUGUUUCCUGAUGUUUUUCCUGUCUUAGAUCAUUUCAAAAUUAGAGAUGUGAAACUUGGUGUUAUCUCAAACUUUGAUGAAAGACUAAAAACAAUUUUAACAGAGCUUACCAUUGGUAAAUAUUUCACAUUUGUCUUGUCAUCAAGGGAGACACAAUGGUGGAAACCCUCACCAGAGAUAUUUCAUCAUGGUAUUUCUAUGGUGACCAAGUGCUCACCAGCAAACACCUUACAUAUUGGCGAUAACCUUGAACUGGACUACAAUGCUGCGAGAAAUGCUGGGAUGGAAGCACUUCUUUUGCAACGACAACCAUCGGAUCAGGAACUUUUAAUGAACAAAGAUGUACCAAAACAUAAAAUAAUAACUAGUUUAGAUCAACUUUGUAGUCUUUUAUGAAAUAAUAAAUUGCUUUUUCACAAAACUUACCAUACCUAUCUUGAUAUUUGAUAAUAUUGAUUGAUAUAAAAAUUAGCUUGAAGUACUUUACAUUGUUAAACCCAAAGUCAACAAAUGUGGUUAAAGUUUAAUCUGCUUAGGGACAAAUUAAAUUUUAAGGUUGUUAAGGGACAUUGUUACUGUUACUGAAUAGAGAGAUGAUCAAAAUAUACUAUUGGAAAAGUUGCUACAACUACAAGAGUUUCCAAAACAAUUUAUCUCAUUUAUCAGAGGCACAUUCUUGGGAUGAAUAACGGAGUAAGGACAGUCAUUUCUUGUCCCUGUUGUCAAAGAUUAUUUAUUGAAAACUAUUCGAACACCAGACAAUGGAAUGCGCACAAACAACGUACAGAUUUACAACAAUUUAGAAAAUAUCUAAACCUUGUUUUGUCAAGAAGCAACGAAGGAAUAAUGGCUAAAGGAAGACACGUUAAAUUAGGCGAGAAGGAACAACCUGAUUUUACUCCAACGACGGAAGAAAGAAAGAGCCUGUUGUAUCAAACAGAAUUCAUUGCAAAGAAGAAACGAGAAGCUAGUGAAAGCGAGUUGCAGAGUGGUUUAGUUGUGAAGAAACUUUGUAACAAUUUGAAGACAUAUAACCAACGGGAUAUUACGGAUGGAAUGAAUCAACUGGAACAAGCAAGAAAGAUGAAUGAAAGACGUGCCCAUUAUGUAGAAAGAAGCGCAUGUGCCCCAAAACUUCCCAACGAUUUAGUAAUUAGGAAAUGCGAUGGCAACGACUUCAAGAAAUUCAACAACGCCGUAGAUUUAAAGAGAAAAAAGGAGAGGUUUGAGAGACGGAAAAAAGUUGAAGGUCAUGAAAUGUUGCUCCCGACUAUUCCUCCUGAAUCACACGGUGAAGAGCGUUGUAUAACUGGUUCAACUGUCGUACAAUUUACAGGCGAGAAUACGAAACUUGACAUAUUUCUGCCUACUCUGAUGUAGAAGAAUGUAGAAUCGAAUGGGUGUCGUUUUGAAAUGAUGAAAAUAUAACCAUUAAAA